UUUCCAGUUAUUGUGAGAACUCCCUAACCGUACACCUACACUUCUCGUUUUAUCCAGAAGUGAAACAAAACGCUCCUGUGAUUGUGUUUGGGAAAAUGUAUGUUUAAUAAAAUUCUUUUGGAGCACCAUAAUUUAGUUAUCGAGUUAAAGGGAAAGAAAGUGAUAAUCUGGUGAAAAAAUAUCGCAUAACAAUAAAAGACAGAGUACAACUGUCCAAUGCCGUCUCCGAGCCCAGCGUCCGGAGCAUCAUCAGUGGUACCGUAAACACCUGGACACACCAUCGCAUUUUGAUGGUCACUCUCCCGUUGGAGAAAAUCGUCUACACGCACUGUCACUUCAUUGUUAUUAAGUUCCUCAACAUAUUCUUCAUUUUAUAGUUUAUUUAUAUAUAACAGAUUGUCAUAAGUGUAGUACUAUAAAAAUGAGCAAGAUUCUGAAAGUGGUCGGCGCCUCUUGGCUCCAGACCAAAAUAAGCUCUUACGUGUUGGGAAUACUUGGCGUACUUGCUAUAUUGGCUCUCUUCGUCGGACAAAUUGAAAGAAUCCAAGAAGAUGGAAACUACGCAGCAACAGUGUUUUAUUCGGAGAAAACUGGAUAUCGUAUUGAAUAUUGGGGCCAAAGCAACGAACUCGCGGAAAUAUCGAAAGGAGUAGCGCGUGCAUACUUUAGAAUGGACAUUGAUACUACAGGUUGGUCUCUUUUGGAAGUAGAGACAGAUGGCUCUUAUCCCGAUGAAAUCCAAGCGUAUGCAGCUGGCAUAGUUGAAGGCGCACUCACAUGGUAUCUAAUACAUACACACUUGGAGAAUACCAUAAGGGCUAAGUGCGAAAAUACGCCAUUAGAAAAACAGUGCAAUAAACUUAAAGAUGCUUUGGAUAAAUCUGUCGACACAUGGAAAAGUUACGCGGCGGAGCGCAGCGGCAGUGAUCCUUAUUGGCAUCAUGUAUCUCUACACUACACCCAAAUCAAUGGCAUCAACACUGGCUGGAGGUAUGGAGUUGAGCGUAGCAUGAGCGAAUAUGACACCGACAUAUCGGACCUGUACUGGUUGAACUCCGUGGCAGAAGUCACGGAGCUUCAACCUAAAUUGAAUAUUUCGCUAGAUGACUCGAUAGACUUGUUGCCUGACGUGUCCAGCGCGUUCCUGAGGAUCGUCAAUGAUACAGCCGAAGAUGGAACACCAACGAAGAACUUGUAUUUGGCUCAUAAUGCGGCUGGACGUUACACAACAAUGACUCGUAUAUUGAAGAGAUACAAAUUGAACUACCAUUUAACAUCAAAAGAUACCAAUUUAGUUCCUGGUACGUUCGUGGAUUUCUCAGGAUAUCCCGGCUCAAUAACUAGCCAAGACGAAUUUUAUAUUAUUAAAGGGAAAAACCAUGAGAUGGCUGCAGCAGGAACCGCUUUACGAAACUUCAAUAAUGAAAUAUGGAAAGAGGUCAACAUUACUGAACAAGUGCCCAUAGGUCCCCGUAUUACAGCCGCAAAUCAUUUGGCAUCAAACGUCAGUUCUUGGGGUCAUAUAUUGGCUAACAGCAACUCUGGCACGGGCUCUAAGCAGUGGCUGAUAGUGGAUUACACCAAAUUCAAUAGUCUUCAUGAGUAUAAGCCACGCGACCAUCCAACAGGGCAUGAACGAAAUGAAAUUGUUACUGAAAGAAGUGUCGAAAACAACGUACAGCACACAGUGUACCACAUGAACAACGGGCACGCGAAAGGCUUGGUGGAGCUGAUCGAGCAGGUGCCCGGAGUGACGCACGCCGCCGACAUCUCCGACACGUUCCUGGAACAGGGCUACUGGGCCACGUACGGAUUACCCUUUUUCAAAAAUAUAGCAGAAAAAACACACGUUGGCAAAAUGGAGGCUCUUCAUGGAAAUAUGUUUUCCGAGACCGAAUCGCCUCGAGCGGUUAUAUUCAAACGGGGCUUUAAAAAUGCCACCUCUUUAGAGAGCAUCAUAAAACUUAUGCGGCAGAAUAACAUGACGGCUUUAUAUAGAACUAGUAACGAAACAAAUGAAGCCAAAGCAUGUGAAAAUGAUUUGGAAUGUGUUGUUGCUGAGAACGGAUACUGGGCGGUGGUCGGUGUACGAGGAGAUAUAGUCAACAAACAUAAACAGCCCUAUGGAGUUAUUGAUACUAAAAUUAUCUGUGGCACACUAAACAAACCAAAUCUGGAAUUCGUUGCGAUAUCGGGUCCACCACACACGGAGACGCAAACAAAUUCCACAAAACUGCUUAUUAAUAAAGGAAACUUGGCCCCGAUUUAUACAAAGGAAUUCGACAAUAAACCUAACAUCAAUACUAUAGAGAUCAGAGACCUAGUGAAGCACCAACAAGAAGAAGCCGAGCAAGAGACACUAGAGCUACUCAACAGAGAUGUAGUGAAACCAUUUGAAUGGUCGGAAAGUCAAUUCGCCAACGAUACCCACCGCGGCCUGCCUGAUAAAUGGGACUUUGGACCAUUCAGACCAAACUGGUCGUGGUGAACCUACAUUCUCACCAGUAGUUUGAAUUACAUUUAAUUUAAGUUCAAAUACAUUUUUGGAUGUGAUUCUCUUAUAGUUUCUGGAGCAUUGAAAAUAUAUUUUUAGUGACAAUUAUUUUUUAUAUCAUCAAAUUAUGUCCGUCCGAAAUCGUACUUCCACUACACCAAGACAUAUAUCAACAAUAUAUCAUUUUAUAUUAUUACUUCCAUUUAUGAAAUUGUAUUAUUAAGACUUAUUUAUUGGAUUUGUGUUGGUCUUGUGUCAUCAAUGUUUUAUGUUCUAGAUAGAUAGCUGUCGGCCUACAUAAUAAGUAGCGAUGUAAAUGUCUUUUUAUAUAAAUUGGAUCAUUGAAAUUAUUUUACCUACUAUACAUAUACCUACCUACGUAGAAAUUAUAUAUUCGUUUAUAUUUCACUUUUAUAUGGGAUGCAGCAAUGAAUUAAUUAAAAAAUAUAUAAAAGUACUUAUCACAAGAUAUAGCUACGUAAUUUAACAGAGCCAAAUUUGUUUAUGGUUUUUCCUAAAGUAAUAAGAAAAUGUUAUUUUUCUUAAUUGAAGCAUUCUAAACUACUUAUAUGAGUGUUUUUUGAUACAUGAUUAUGAACUUUUUCAUGAAGAGUAAGAAGGUAUUCCAACUGCUAAGUUAUUGCGUUAUUACUGUGACUUAAUUAUCAACAUACUUAAUUAUUAUUUAAUUAUUUUUGUACUUACUUACAAAUUGUUCUUUGUAAUCACGUGGUAGGUACUUAUUUAUUUUAUGAAUUUUAAUAAAAAUGAAGUGACUUAAUGCAUCAAUUUCGAUUUUGCUCUCGAAAAUAAAGAUUUUAUUUGUAAUAA